ACAUUCACACCCAAGAACACCCAAAUCCUCUCACCAGCCCAGCCCAGCCCAGCUCCAGACACCACCAUGAUCGACUCCUGUUGCGGCUCCGGCUUCUCCUCCCUGAGCUGUGGGGCAGGCUGCUACCGCGACCCCGGCUGCUGUCUCCCCGUGUCUCACCAGACCACCGUGUGCCGCCCCGUGACCUGCGUGCCCCGCUGCACACGCCCCAUCUGCGAGCCCUGCCGGCGCCCCGUCUGCUGCGACCCAUGCUCCGGGCAGGACGGCUGCUGCUGCCCCAUCUUCUGCUGCCCCACGUCCUGCACGGCCGUGGUCUGCCGCCCCUGCUGCUGGGCCUCCACCCGCUGCCAGCCCAUCUCUGUGCAGGCUCCCUGCUGCCGCCCCCCCUGCUGCCAGCCUGCCGCCUGCCGCAGCACCUGCAGGACCUCCUGCUGCUGAGAACCCCUCACCAUCUGCACAGAGUAGCAUUCACCAAUUCUGCAUUUUAAUCAAGUUGAAGGAAAAAUAGAUUUUUUCCAUAGGGUGACAACAGUCAUUUUUACAUCUAUCUGGAUAUACAAGCAGACGUCUAUCAUCACUUUCAGCCCAAUUCCCAGGAGUCUCCAGAAGUCAACAUGGAUGGUGAAUCCGUCUUUUAAAAGAGUCCCUGGAGAGGACUUCACAAACUCAUCCUCAACUCCAGAGGCUGCUCGAACCCUCCCCUUCAGCUUUUGUAAUGUGCUUCUUGCCUGUUCUCAAUAAACUAAUUUUCCUGUGAA